UGACUCUCAAAAUGGCGCGUACAUUUCAAAGCAAAAACACGAGACUGUGUCGUCUUCUUCCUUGAUUGUUUGUAUUCUGUAUUACAAGAUGAAGUUUAGAGGGAAAUUAGUUGAUGUAGGGUGCAUCCAACAUUUUACAAGAAUUGUAGGAACUGUAUCGAAGAUGAUAAAAUCCUGUGUUUUAAGAAUCACUGUAGAUAAGUUAUAUUUUAUUCUGACAGAGCAGGCUGUUAGUGGCGGUGUUCAAAUCUGGUGUGAAUUACCACAGGGUCAUUUUUUUGAUGAGUUCGCCAUGGAAGGGGUAUCAGAAGAAGACAAUGAAAUAUUUUUAGAAUUGUCCCCAGAAAAUCUUCUCCGUGCAAUGAAAACAACACAGACGGCGAAAUGGGUGAAAUUAAAAUUGACCAAGAAACAUCUGCCAUGUUUGACUGUUGAAGGAGAUCUGCCAACGAUUGGAUCUCAUCAGCGAUUGGUUGUACAUGAUAUACCUGUGCAUGUGGUUGCUAGGAGACACUGGCAAGACUACCAGGAACCACUGAUGCCAGAAAUAGACGUUUCUAUAUCGAUGCCACAGAUCCGAUUAUUACGGAAUGUUAUCGAUAAAAUGAAGAAUCUCAGUAACUAUGUGGUGAUAUCAGCUAAUAAGAAUGGAGAAAUGAAACUACAAGUAGAGACAGACAUGGUAUCAAUCAGUACGCACUUCUCCGAUCUCAUCAACCCAACUACAAGAAAAGACGGAGCCUCUCAAACAUCAUCUCAGAGUUCUAGAGAUCCGUCAGAAUUUGCAGAAGGUAGAAUCGAUAUCCGCAGAUUUUCUCAGUUUUUAUCUAGUCAACAAGUCAACCCUCAACGAGUUGUUUGUAACAUUGUAGAAAACAAAAUGGUUCAUUUCUACCUGAUCCAUGAUGAUGUUUCCCUCCAAUAUUUCAUGCCUGCUGUGGCCGGUUAAUCAAGACAACACUUAGACAAUCUUCUUUAUUAUUGUUUUGCAUUUCUAAACAGUGCUCAUACCUGUGUUGUGACAAACAAGACUACCGGUGGAAACCCAGAUGAAUAUUAUCCAGACUCUGGAAUGAGGUCCAGGUGGUUAAUUAUGUAACGGUCAUAUAAUCCAAGACUACCAAUAGAAGCCAGUCAAGUUGAUUAUGAUGAGGUCAUGUAGUCCAAGACUACUGCAUGGUCUAACAAGCGUUUUGUGUUAGAGAAGUUUCUACAGAAGACCCAGUGCGACCAUGAUCAAGUAUAUAUGACAGAGACGGCUUUGACCCAGUUUUUGUAAACUUAAACAUACAUUAUGCAAGAGCGAAAUCUGCCUAUUACAGAUCUUUAGGCCUGAAAUGUUAUCUUAAUUAUUCAUUAGACAUUAAUUAACUUAUCCAGACCAUAAUCAACUCUCAAUGUCACCGUUAGCCUGCGAUGUUUAUUGGAUUAGGUUAUUAUUUGCUGUUCGACUUCCAUUCCUGAUUUAAUCUUGAAAUGCUAAAUCUGCCUAUUAAAGGUCAUUCUUUUGGCCUGAAAUGUUAUCUUAAUUAUUCAUUACACCUUAAUUAACUUAUCAAGAGCAUAAUCAACCCUCGAUGCCAACGGAUAGCUCCGAUAUUGAGUGAAUUUGAAUAGUUUUACAGUUGAUGAAAAAAACAUAAGAAUGGAUAAUCAAGACUUUUUUUUUUAAUUAUCGUAACAACGGUAGCAGUGACAAUCAAGGCUACAGUUGUCAGCUCUUUAUCUUAAUCUUAAGUAAUGCAUCUUGGACAUUUCUACCUUGUCUGAUGGAGACUCUAGGGGUAGUAAGUCUUGAAUUACUGCAAUAGUUCAUCAUCUUUGUGUUCAAUUGACACAAGCUAAGCCAGUGAUUCUCAACCAGUGUGCCGCGACACACAGGUGUGCCGCAAGAUCUUCCUAGGUGUGCCGCGGAAUUUUGAACGACACACCAAGAAAAUGUGAAAAACCAGAUGAUCCCAAUUGAGUAUUCAUUGGUGUCUACUGUUAAGUUGAUAGCUGUGUUUUUAUUUUGCAAAAUUCGAUAUUUUUCAUAUAUAUAUUAGUCAGGUGUGCCACUAUGUUUUCAUGUGUUCCAAGGUGUGCCAUUGGCAAAAAAGGUUGAGAACCACUGAGCUAGGCAAAUCCAAACAUUCGUUUGCGCAUAGAGAUCUUAACAAAUUGGGUCGAAAUCAACACAUUGACAGGCGAUCUUACACUUUGCUGUGUACAAACUUGGUUUUUAAACUGAGUCACUUGACUCAUUGACAGACCUUAAGAUAUAUAGUGUAUGAAUCAGAUCAUCAGGUCUAUCAUUGAGUCAACCACCCAACAGCCAUUUGCAAAGAGUGUGGGCGUGAUUGUGGACAACAACAAAGAAUCAUAAGUAUAACUUAUUUCUAAUAUCAAUUCAGAUUAUUGUGCUAUAUUUUCAACAUUAAAUUGUUUUUUGUUUGUUU